UUCUCACUGCCCAUGCCACUGGGACUAGGGCGGCGAAAAAAGGCACCGCCUCUGGUGGAAAAUGAGGAAGCUGAGCCAGGCCGUGGCGGGCUGGGUGUGGGGGAGUCAGGGCCUCUGGGUGGGGUUGGGGCAGGGGGACCUCAGAUGGGUCUGCCUCCCCCUCCUCCGGCCCUGCGGCCCCGCCUCGUGUUCCACACCCAGCUUGCCCAUGGCAGUCCCACUGGCCGAAUCGAAGGCUUCACCAACGUCAAGGAGCUGUACGGCAAGAUUGCGGAGGCCUUCAAACUGCCAGCAGCUGAGGUGAUGUUCUGCACCCUCAACACGCACAAAGUGGACAUGGAUAAGCUCCUAGGGGGGCAGAUUGGGCUGGAGGACUUCAUCUUCGCCCAUGUCAAGGGGCAGCGCAAGGAGGUAGAGGUGUUCAAGUCGGAGGAGGCUCUGGGGCUCACCAUCACAGACAACGGGGCCGGCUACGCCUUCAUCAAGCGCAUCAAGGAGGGCAGCGUGAUCGACCACAUCCAGCUCAUCAGCGUGGGUGACAUGAUUGAGGCCAUCAACGGGCAGAGCCUGCUGGGCUGCCGUCACUACGAGGUGGCCCGGCUGCUCAAGGAGCUACCUCGAGGCCGCACCUUCACCCUGAAGCUCACGGAACCCCGCAAGGCCUUUGACAUGAUCAGCCAGCGUUCUGGGGGUGGCCGCCCUGGCUCAGGCCCCCAGCUAGGCACUGGUCGAGGGACCCUGCGGCUUCGAUCUCGGGGCCCUGCCACUGUGGAAGAUCUGCCCUCGGCCUUUGAGGAGAAGGCAAUUGAGAAGGUAGAUGACCUGUUGGAGAGUUACAUGGGCAUCAGGGACACAGAGCUGGCGGCCACCAUGGUGGAGUUGGGGAAGGACAAAAAGAACCCAGAUGAGCUGGCAGAGGCCCUGGACGAGCGGCUUGGUGAUUUUGCCUUCCCGGACGAGUUCGUCUUUGACGUUUGGGGCGCCAUUGGGGAUGCCAAGGUUGGCCGCUACUAG